AUGGUGCCCUGGGGUACUGUAAGCAGUUUCUACUGCAACUGUUCAGAUGUUUCAGAGAGCAGUAGAACCAGCAGUUCAAAAGGAAGAAGUUUUGCUGGCCGCAAAGUUCCAGAUACAAAUAAUGCCUCUGAAGAGUUAUAUGAAGUGGAUGCAAUAGCAGCAGAAGCCCUCACAGGAAAGCUGACUACAGUGUUUCUUCCCAUUGUCUAUAUCAUUGUCUUUAUCAUUGGUUUGCCAAGCAAUGCCAUGGCCCUCUGGGUCUUUUUUUUCAGAACAAAGAAGAAACACCCGGCUGUGAUUUAUAUGGUUAACUUGGCAUUGGCAGACCUUCUUUUUGUUGUCUGGUUCCCACUGAAAAUAGCAUACCAUGUAAAUGGCAAUAAUUGGCUUUUUGGGGAGGCUCUCUGCAAAGUACUUGUUGGAUUUUUCUAUGGGAAUAUGUACUGUUCCAUUCUCUUUAUGACAUGUCUCAGUGUGCAAAGGUAUUGGGUUGUAGUGAACCCCAUAGUGCAUUCAAGAAAGAAAUCUGAAAUUGCCUUGGGCAUCUCCCUUGCUAUUUGGAUACUCAUUUUAUUGGGCACCAUUCCAUUGUAUCGUGUUAAUCAGACAGCAUAUAUUUCAAAUCUUAACAUCACUACCUGCCAUGAUGUGUUGCCUGAAAAUGUUUUGGCUCAUGAUAUGUUCAGCUAUUUCCUCUCACUUGCAAUUGGACUCUUCUUAAUCCCAGCUUUCCUCACUGCUGUAGCUUACAUACUGAUGAUUAAAAGUCUAAAUGCUUCUAUCUCAGACAUAAGCACGGGGAAGAAACGAAAAAGAGCAAUUAAGCUCAUUAUUGUUGUCCUCUCCACAUACCUCAUCUGUUUUACACCUAGCAAUGUGCUGCUUGUUGUGCACUAUUUGCUUCUCAAAACGUACGGCCAGAGCUAUCUCUAUGUGUCUUACAUAACUGCACUGUGUCUUUCUACCUUGAACAGUUGUAUUGAUCCCUUCAUCUAUUACUACAUUUCAAAAGACUUCAGAGACAACCUUAAAAAUGCUCUUCUUUGUCGAAGUGUGCGAACUACACAGAGGAUGCAAGUGUCCCUUUCGUCAAGCAGACACCUCAAGAAAUCAAGUUCUUACUCUUCAAACUCAAAUGGGACCACUAAAUCAACCUACUGA